AUGAUUGGUAUGGGUGAUGACAUGUAUGUAGUGGCAUCUGAAGUGGACUACUGCAUGCUAGAGCGGUAUAGUCACGAAUAUCACCUUUCUCAUGUACUUGGUUUCCAACUUCUGUCUUCGUCUUUGUCUGUUCUUGAUGCCCCUCCUGGCAAGAAGAUACCACUUGAUGUCUCCUUGCUUCGUUAUUUGUAUCGCUUGGCUAAGUAUGAUAGGAGUAAAUGCUUCUUCCGGCUGACAUCUUAUUUGGCCGGUUAUAUCCUACCCGAGUCCAUUGUGGUGGAUGAAGUGGUUCCUGACCAAUAUGUGGAUGAGAUGACUGUUACACUCGAAUCACCCCUUGCACUCCCAGGCCCUCGAUGCGUCUCUCCCUUGUCUUUUGGUCACGUGGCCCCCAAACAAGUUGGCAUGAAGCUUACAAGCGAGGAGAUGCUGAUGAAAGUUGGAAAGAUGUAUGCUCGUCUAGGCAAAGUAUAA